CCACAUAGUUCGUUUAUUCAUUUGUGACCUACUCCAUUUCAGAUUAAAUUUUAAUUUCUUUUCUUUCCGUGACAUGGAAAAAUGGCUAAGAGAUCGUCUAUCCAAUUGCCUGGACUUCCAGGUACCGGAUGAUAUGAUAAAAUAUAUUCUAUCCAUGAAAAAUUCUAAUGAAUUCGAUGAGUACUUUGAAUCUUUGUUGAACAAGGAUUGUGAGGACCAUCGUCUAUUCCUAACGGACUGUAAGCAACGUCUAUUCAGUAAGGCUUUGGCCAACAAGAAACAACAAAAUCAGCCGCCUCAAACGAAGAAAUCCCAAAGUCAUGGUUCAUCAGAGAUAAAGCAAAAUAAGUCAUCAUCGCCAACGAACAGUAAGCAUGAAGGUGCAGGCAAUGGGCAACAACAGGCACAAGGUGCCAAAAGAAAAACCAAAUAUGUUAGCCUUUAUACAAAUGAUGGCAAGGUUAUUGGUGACACGAUUAUGUUGAAGGGUCGCCGCUUGUGUAAUUGUCAAGCUUCGCAGCAUAAGCUGAUAAAUAACUGCCUCACAUGUGGACGCAUAGUGUGCGAACAGGAAGGCAGUGGCCCAUGUCUGUUUUGUGGUGAAAUAGUUUGCACAAAUGAAGAACAACACAUCCUAAAAUCGGCAGGUAAAAAAGGAGAGAACCUUAUGAAAUCUCUCAAAGAGAAGGGUGGGGGUGAGUCAUUGAAAAAAGCUCUGGAACAACGUGACCGUCUUUUGGAAUACGACCGCAACAGUGAGAAGCGUACCACCGUCAUUGAUGAUGAAUUGGAUUACUUUGAAGAGAACUCCGUUUGGCUGUCGGAUGAACAGCGCAAAAAGUUUGAACAGUUAAAACAAGAAAUGCACGAUCGCAAACAUGCAAGUCGUAUUAAUCGGAAAAUCAAAAUUGAUUUUGCUGGUCGCGCCGUGGAUGAUGAUGUGACCAUAACGGCCGAAUAUGAGAAGGCAGUGCUGAAAGAAGUUGCAGCUGUUAAUGCAAAAACGGACAACACCAACAAUUGGUCAAAUCGCAAACAUUCACAAAAAGCCAAUGAUGAUGGUGGUGAUGUUGAUCCAAAUUUAGAUGGUUUACGUCCCAUGUAUCGACCGUCGGCCGAAGAAAGGGCCCGCAGCAAAGGUCAAACCAUGAAUGAUGGUUUGGAGCGAAUUUACAAUCGUGUUCAGGACAAAGAAUUACUUGAGAUGCAAGAUCUGCGCCAGUGCCUGUCUAUGCAUCAGCCAUGGGCUUCACUGCUGGUGGCGGGUAUUAAGAAGCAUGAGGGCCGUGUUUGGUAUAGCGAGCAUCGGGGUCGUUUGUGGAUUGCAUCAACGGCAAAGGAACCAAGACCAGAAGAAAUUAAAGAGCUUGAGAAUUUCUAUCGAGUUUUCUAUAAUGAUCCUACUAUAAAAUUCCCUGAACACUAUCCAACCGGAUGUCUUUUGGGUUGUGUUAAAAUUGAUGAAUGCCUUCCCCAGGAGGAGUAUCAAGAACUAUAUCCUGGCGGUGAAUCCGAUUCACCAUACGUCUUUAUUUGUUCCAAUCCCGAACAGUUACCAGUUGUAUUUCCCAUCAAAGGCCAACAUAAGAUAUAUCAAAUCGAUCCUAAAAUUCACAAUGCCGCGUGUAAAACUCUGUUGCGCAUGAAAGCUUCAAAGGGAUAAGAAAUACAUUUUAA